GGGCUUUCCUGUUUUUUUAUUUUUUAAAUCAGUCUGUGAACACUAUUGCUGAUCUGCCCUGCCUUCUUCAUGUUUAGCUCACAUUCUACCAAGCACCUUAAGACGACUUGUGCACAUAGCAGUACAACCAACUAAUACAAUGGAAAGGCUUCCUGCAUAUCUCCUGGUGCUCUUGAGCACCAUAAUGUUGCAGAUAACUGGGAAGGUGAUAGAAAUGGGCAUGUUUCCUGAAGCUCCUGAUUACUCUUUCUACAAUUGUCGCAAAGAGAUGCUGCAAAUGGUCACAAAACCCGGAGGUUUACUACAGAUAGAGAUUAACAACAAUACAGGUUUCCAGGAUAUGUGGAAAAACAGUCGUCCAUGCACAAAAUCAAUUCCAGGAGCAACAUCAGAGCACAUGACUGCACUGCACGUCUAUGUAGCAGAUAAUAAAUUUCGUACAAAUUUUGAUAAGAUUUACAGCAAAAGCACAGGUGGUUCAACUUACCAAGACGAGUUUCCUUUCAAAUCUGUUUUCUUCCUGCUGACAGAUGCUAUGAGUCUCUUAAAAAAGAAUUGCAGAACAGUGUACUCUGGUGCAGAAGAAGAAUAUAAGACAAAAGUCGGGGAGAAAGUGCGAUUUAAAAGUUUUUUUCCAGCAAUGCUGAAAUUAACUGAUGCAACUGAAAAUGCAUCGACUGGUGAGUUUGGCACUGUUUUCAGUAUCAAUUCCUGUUCUGCCAUCGAACUUGAUGCUAAUGGGUGUAACUCUGAGGAAAUGGAUCUACUAAUAUCUCCCACUGAAGUUUUCACAGUUGAAAACAUCGAAAUUGUUCACAAUAGCAACGAUAACUAUAAACACAUCACCUUAAAACAUUCAGAGUAUCAAAGUAAAUCCGACUGCAGCAGCCUUGUCAGCAGCGUGUCCAAAACAGAAGAAUCUAAAGAAUCGUCUUCAAGUUUGCUGAGUUCCAGUUUUCUGAAUAUGAUGGCUUCUUUACUAGUGGUGUACUUCUACACAAUGACAGUGUAAUAUACUCUUUAUGUUCGCAAUAAUGCAUCAUGUAUGGAAAAGUAAAAGCUGUUACACUCUGAGCAUUGUUCUUGAGUUUUGGAAGAUUUUAUUACAAUAAAAGAUUACUUUGUUUAAAUGCA